AUGGGAGCUGAAAAGAAAUGGCUUUUCACUCUCUUCUCUGUAGUCUUCCUCUCCGUCUUCCUCCUCUUACUCUACUCAAUCUCUGCUUUCACCUCUAAGCCUUUCCCUUCCGCAAUCCGCCACGGUGCUCAUUACCCACCAGCUUUCGCUUACUACAUAACCGGUGGUCGUGGAGACAGUGACCGGAUCUUUCGGUUGCUCCUCGCCGUUUAUCAUCCUAGGAAUCGGUACCUCCUGCAUCUGGGCGCUGACGCUACUGACGCCGAGAGGCUCGCUCUUCUCUCCGACUUGAAAUCUGUGCCUGUGGUGAACGCCUUUGGGAAUGUGGAUGUGUUAGGGAAAGUCGAUCGUCUCUCUGAGAACGGCGCCUCUAAGAUCGCCGCCACUCUCCACGCCGUUUCCAUCUUGCUGAAGCUCGAUCGCACUUGGAACUGGUUCAUCGAGCUUAGCGCAUUGGACUAUCCCCUCAUUACUCAAGACGAUCUAUCCCAUGUGUUUGCCUCGGUGAACAGGAGCGUCAAUUUCAUUGAUCACACUAGUGACCUUGCUUGGAAAGACACUUUACUUAGCAAGAAGAACACAGCUCUUCACUGCUACCGAGAAACGACCAACACCAGAUGCUUUCAAAGCUCGCCUUGGAGCGUACUGAGCAGAUCUUUCCUAGAAUACUGCAUCUUCGGUUGGGACAAUCUACCGAGAAUCCUCCUCAUGUAUUUUAACAACGUCAUCCUCUCCGAGGAAUGCUACUUCCACACGGUUAUCUGCAACGCCCCCGAGUUCAGUAACACGACGGUCAACGGGGACUUGCGGUACAUGAUAUGGGACAGCCCGCCAAAGAUGGAGCCACACUUCCUCGGCGUCUCUGAUUUCGAUCAGAUGGCUCAGAGCGGUGCAGCUUUCGCCCGGCAGUUCAAGAAAGACGACCCGGUCCUUGACGUGGUCGACAGAGAGAUCUUGAAACGUGGGCGUUACCGGGUCACCCCUGGAGCCUGGUGCUUGAGCCACAGCAGCUGGUGGACAGAUCCUUGCUCGGAAUGGGACGAUGUCAACGUGGUGAAAGCUGGACCUCAGGCUAAGAAGCUGGACGAGACAAUAACGAACUUUCUUGAUGAUUUGAAUUCACAAACGAAUCAGUGCAAGUGA